GACCUGACAGUUGUGAAUGACUUGAGAAGAACCUAAACCGAUCAGGGGAACGCUGCUUGCAUUAUAGUUUAUAAUCGACGGACAAACUGUCAAAAAUAGAUCAAAAUCCCAGGAAAAGAAGGCACACGCCAGAGGUGUGCACUGAAACCGAAUGCAAGAACAAGUGUGCAAUGGCUUCCAGUACAGAGAACGAUACUGACGUAGCACAGGCCCAAGAAAACAAAGACACACUGAAGAUAAGACAAGAAUCGACUGCUUCUCUGAAUCUGUCAAAACGCAAAAAAGAAAUCGAAAACCAACGAGAAGGACAUCCAGAACUGAAAGAAAUUGAUAUGGAUGUUGAGUGGUUGCAAACUGAUGCGGACUUGAAAAUCAUAUUGAAUAUUGAUCUCAAACCAGAACAGAUAAAUGGAGUGGACCCUACAAUCACAGACACUGAUGCCCAUCUCAAGUUCCCAGAUGGACGCACCUGGUCCUGUAACUUUUUCAGGCAGAUACAGGGAGAAACUUGUAGACUCAAUUUCAAAAACAGACAGCUUAUUCUGUAUGCCAGAAAAAAGGAAAUUGGACAUUGGGUGUCCUACAUGAUUCCAAAUUGUAUACCUGAUGAGGAUGUAAGAGACAACAAGACAACAGAACUAUUUGAUUUAGAAAUCCCAGACAAAAGUUUUGAGAAUGCAGAAUCACCACAGGAAGAGAAGGGUACCAAAGAAACUAUUGGCAAAUCGUCACCCUCAGAAGAUCCCACCAAUAUGAACAAUUCAGCUUAUCAGCUACAACACACCAAACAUGAUUGGAUUGAGAAGGAAAAUGUCAUUGUGGUACACAUAUAUGUAAAGGAAGCCAAGCAGGAGGGUGUUCAGGUGUUGUUUGAUGUACAGACUCUGUCAGUCUGCUUCCAGACUUCGAAUUCCAAAUUUUUACAAUUGCAUGGAGGUACUGAUGAAAAGACAAUUUUCAGUUGGGAUGUCCAAUUGAAAAAUGAAAUUGUUCCUUCAAAAUCAAAGUACCGUUUAACUCCAGCAAUGAUAGAAGUUACGCUGGGUAAAAAAAAGCCUCAACGGUGGAACACUCUGGAAGCCCCUCAGAGAAAAGAGAGUGCUUGUUCUUCCAAAUCAGAAAGUUGGAUUUCCACUGGAAAGACAUCUAAUGAUAGAGAAGUGAACACAUGCACUGAAAACCAGUCUAGUGUGAUGUUUGAUGAGCUGUCCAAUGUAUCAACUGUUAAGAAAGGGGACUUCGCAGACAACAAGACUGUAGAGGCAUGUAAGGGAGCCACAGGCACGUUACAACCCCUCAAAGACAUCAAUACACAGAAGCCUACAUGUAAAGUAUCUCCAAUGAACAAAACAAAAGAAUUAGAACAAGUUGUGUCCCCUGGAAAUACAGGUCUAGACAAUCUUGGAAACACUUGCUUCAUGAAUAGUGUUUUACAGUCCUUGUCCAACACCAGGGAAUUCCGAGACUUCUUUUACAGUGGUGCCUACCAGAAAGAUAUAAACACUGAUAAUCCUCUGGGCAGUGGAGGGAAGCUGGCUGUACAGUUCGCACAUCUCCUCAAAGUAUUGUGGUCUGCCAAACACUACUCCUAUGCUCCUUCAAAACUGAAGAGUCUUGUUGCUAUGAAGGCCAGCCAGUUCACAGGAUUUGCACAACAUGAUGCUCAGGAAUUCAUGGCUUUUCUCUUGGAUGGACUUCACGAGGAUCUGAAUCGUGUAAAGAAGAAGCCAUACACAGAAACAGUGGACUCUGAAGGAAAAUCAGAUGAGACUGUAGCCAGAGAAGCAUGGGAUGUAUAUAAGAAGAGAAAUGACUCAUUUAUUGUGGAUCUGUUCCAAGGCCAGUACAAGUCAAAGUUGGUCUGUCCUGUAUGUGGCAAGGUGUCUAUAACCUUUGACCCCUUCCUUUACCUAUCUGUGCCAUUACCCAAAAAGAAGAGACAACUUCCUGUAAUAUUUAUGUGGAGGGACCCAUACAAGAGACCUGUACAGCUCAUGCUUUGGUUAGCAAAGGAGUGUACGACAGAUAUGGUCAAGGAGGCAGCUUCAAAGAAAACAGGAGUUAAACCUAGGGACAUGAGGAUAAUAGAAGCCUACAAGGGUAAAAUAUAUAAGUACUAUAACACAGACUCUGACUGGACCAACGUACAAGCCAGUGAUACUAUCAUUAUAGGUGAAGUAUUAUCAGAGGAAGUGGCAGGAGAACCAGUAUAUGAAGUUUAUGUUGUCCAGAGGACCAUCCUGCCUAAUAUAGCUCCCACACGAUGUGCGUCCUGUAAACGACCAUGUCCUGAUGGAACCAAGCUAAAGAGGUGUACAAAAUGUUACAAAGUUGGAUACUGUGAUAGGAAGUGUCAAAGGGACCACUGGAAUCUACACCGAACUAACUGUAAACCAACCCCAGAACCUGUCGGCUGUCCGUACAUCCUCAGUAUCCCAGAGUCACGCACAACAUUCUCCAGGCUCUGUACUCUCAUGGAAGCUUAUGCCAGGUACUCUGUAGAUGUGUUUCAACCGCCUGUAAAACCUGAUGCAUCUGGUAAACUGAGCAGCCAAUCAUCCACCUCUUCAAGUCUCAGUAGCAGUAGUAGCCAAUCAAGUGGCAGUAUGAACAGUUUGGAUAGCCAAUCAUCUAUCAGUAGUACAUGUACAAUCACAGCAGGUCAGGACCAGUUAGACUGUGGGGAUAUUGAUCUGACUGCCUCAUCAUCGAGUGUGACAACCGAUGCUGGAAAUGCUGGUGAGAUGAACACUUACCAAGCUAAUAGUGAUGGGGACCAGGUCAGUCCCACAGACAUAGAUUUACAACUCAAUCCAGGACCAUCCGAGGACAGUGUUGAUGAGAGGAAUCUACCUGAGUAUCCUUCCUUUAAACUGCCACAGUCAGACUAUGCUGACAUGACCCGAGAGGCAGAGAUGGGAGGGGAAGAUGAGGACAUGGAGGAUGGGCGGGGCCACAGGCCGACACCUACUAAUCCUGUUCUAGGUAUCAAAUCAGAUGAUAUGGAUAGGGUGUUACCUCUCUUCUUCAUCAAGCCUGUCAACCAAGAAGGCCUUGGCUUGAAGGGCCCUGACGGAGAAAGGCUGGACGACAAAGGAGAGGUACCCCUGGAUUUGUCCUAUCGACAGUUUCUGUCUAUUGACUGGAAAAACAAUGACAAGUUCAGCCCAUAUGCACUUGUGCAAACCAAAGAGUUGGACUGUGAGGAGGACCCCAGUAUGCAAGCUUCAAUGGAUGAGAACAGCAACAUCACCAUCACUCAAUGUCUGGACUUAUUCACGGAGCCAGAGGUCCUCAGUCCAGAGGAGGCUUGGUACUGUCCGAGGUGUAAGGAGCAUCGGGAGGCCACUAAACAAAUGUCCAUCUGGAGACUUCCACAUACACUCAUCAUACAACUCAAACGCUUCUCAUUCCGCAACUUCAUCUGGCGUGACAAAAUUGACAAAAUGGUGGAGUUCCCUGUUAGAGGACUUGACCUAUCACAGUUCUACAUUGGUGCUCGGCCGAAGAAUGAGCCUCCGCCCGUCUAUGAUCUGUAUGCUGUGGUAAACCACUAUGGAGGUAUUCUGGGUGGUCACUAUACAGCGUUUGUCAGGUGUGCAGAUCUCACAGACACCAGUAAGAAUGACGUGGAUUGGCGACUGUGUGAUGACAGCAGGGUUACAUCUGUUAGCAAUGAGAAAAACAUUAUGACUAGAGGAGCAUACCUUUUGUUCUACCGCAGACGUGAUAUAUUUUCAAUCUCCAAAGAAGUGUCCCCAGUAGAGGACACCGAGGACAGUCAUCAAUCAGAACCUUCCCCCUCAAGGGAGACAAACAAUACAGGCAAUGCUACAGACUCAAUAGACAAUAUCGGGGGGUCUCACUCAGGGAAAACCACACCAGGUGUGACAGAGGCUACACUGGACAAUCGAUACUCCCACCCUCAGGGCGAUGACCCCGAGGAAAGUGAUGAUGAGGACAGGGAACAGGCUCAGACAAGUACAUACCGCAGCCCUGUUGAUCUUGGUUACAUGGACAUGGAGGCUGUCGACUAGCUGUGAUGUCAGAGGUUGCCUUGAUAAUAUUUUAAGGGCAUUUGAAUGAUAUUGUGUGUUUCUAAAUUAAGACUAAUUUAUCUUUAGGACAUUAUCGAGUUGUGUGUAAGUUUGAUGUAUGGUGAUUGGAAGGUUAUAAUGUUGUACAUACUUAGUAUGUUCUUGUUAGACCAUCAAUAUAGGACACGUGUGAUAUAUAAUCUAUAGCUGUCUUGGAAGCAAGUCUAUUGUGAUACUUAUUAUUUCUUAAAGUCAUCAAGUUUGAUAUUUUUAAAGAUUCUCCUUCAUAUUAAUGCUAAAUUGUAGAUUAUAUUGUUGUUACCUUUUCAGCUGGAGAAAUGUUUAUCAAACUUUUACAUCAUUUUAUGCCCUACUCAUAGUAGACAUCCCUUGUGAUUCAUGUGAUAUUUCCUUUUUUCAAUGAUUGAUUAAAUCUCAAACAUCAUUGAGUAAAUCCUAUUAUUUUGUUAAAUUUAGUGCAUAAUUAUGACAUUGGAAUCCAAACAUAACUAAGCCAUAUUCAGGGAAACUUUUGCAGGAAACAAGACAUACAUAUAUGUAGGAGAGGUCAUAAUUAGAUUUAUUUCAAUGCCUCCACUGGGGAUCAAACACGGGACAUCUGGUGUACUAGUCUUACGCUGAACAGAUCAAGCUAAAUAAAAAUAAUUUGUUAGCCAAAUGGUAGAUUGCGACUAGUAUUUACCAGGGUUACAUAUAGAUACUCCCCUCUCCAGGGAAGAUGCAGCUAUGCUUGUGAAAGUAACAUUAAGUAUAAUUCCCAAGUCCAUAUAGAUGACUACCAUGGACAUGAUAGUACAUUUUCACAUCAUAACCUUCAUAUGACUUCACUGUCUCAUCAUUAACACUCAAGUUGUGUGUUAUACACCAUUAGAUAGGACCUUGUUUGUAGUAUCAACUGUGAUCUCAAUACCUCUUAUGUUAUAUCUGACAAGAUGUUCUUAUUUAAGCCUAUUUACUAUAUGAUGUGAUAUUUAAGAGGAAUAUAUGACUUAUCUAUCCUGUUCAAUGUCCCAUAUUCAAAUCUGUUUAAUUCACACUAGAUAUUUUCAUUAAGAUUUGAUUUUAUUGUCAACUGUGCAUUCCAUGGUUAAUUUUGUCUGAACAAAUUUUCUAAAAUAUUUCAAGACUCUUUGAGCAUAAAAUUAAAAAGUAUGAAUUAUGUAAAUGGCAGAUUACUAGGAGUGUCAAUUACGUAAUGUUAACAACGGAUAACAAGGAAGCUGCUUCAAUACAUUGGACAGUUUAUUUUAAUUUGAUAUGAUAUUGAUGUGGUUGUGAAAUUUGUUCGCUAGGUUUAUCGCCUCAUUGACGGCCAGGGUUAUUUUUAGGCAGAUCAGUCAGUAGCUGGUGGCUACCACGCUGAAGAACAAACAGGAAGUAUAUCGCAUGCUAUCAAGAGCAAUUUGGGUAGAGUGUCUUACCCAAAACAUCACAAGACAAACUUCAUCUCGGCUUCUUUGAGAAACAAACCACCCUGGGUAGGGAUUGUAACCUGAGGUUAAAUAAGCUAUAGUUUGAUGCUCUGCCAAUUAAUCUAUCAUAGGCACUACAUCAGGUGUGUAUUGGCCAAGGUGAGACAGUCCAGAAUAAGCAGGCUAGUUAGCAAAACUAUACAAUUUAUAAUAGAAAUGGUCGUGUCUCCAGGUAUUUCUCGAUAAGGGGCACAACUCUAGCAUAGCCAUACUGUUACUCUCAUUUAAGAAGUAAAAUAUAAUGUCCUUUAAUGACAAUUGUGAUAGGAUGUUUAAAGAAAAUUAAGAGAGACCGAGCAUAAAACCAGGUGUUCUGUGAGUUGUUGUCCCUGCUUUUGUGAUUUUGUCUGUAGGUUCUUUUAGUGUUAUACUUGGUCUGUUGGGGAAACCUGAGAUAUUUUUACUGUUAUUUCGUUGGAAAAAGAUGAUGUACCACUUGUUAUAAUAAACCAAUAUGUCAUUUUGUUACUGACUUCAAUUCCUCUUUUACGUGUGAUAUGUGAAUAAAACGCUUUACAUUGUCUUAACAAA